UAACCGAAUGCUCAAAGGUAGCUCGCUUAUCUGCACGCUGCUGCUUUUUAUUGCUUCUCUCCGAAGUUUCUUCAAUGAAUGUAUUUUGGAUCCUCGGCUGCAGUCACUGAUUGUGUAGUGUCCAGUUCGGUCCACGACUAGGCCUGGUCUAUUCGCAUCGUAAUCACACCUGUCAGCUCCCAAGAAAGUUCCAGCGUGUUCCAAACCUCAUGGAGAACGUGGCAACGGACGACGUCAUCGCCGAGUCCCUCGGGGUCGGCGAUCUUGGCCAGGAUAUGCCCAAGCUGCCAUUCGGGGCGGACGGUAACUUUAAAAUGCCCAGCUUGGACGAGUUUAUCAAGAUGCUCGAAGGCAUGGACAGUCUGUCGGACGAGGAGAAGGAACAGCUCAAGCAGGACGUGCUGAAGAACUCGAUGACCGGCCGGAAGAUGGAGGCCGGCUUUUCCGACUAUUUGGUGUUUUUGACCAUGAUCGUCCUCAUUGCGUCGGUUUUUGUAUUCUUCGGCUACAAGUUGUACCUUUCGCUGACUGAGAAGGAACGUAAGCGGGAGGAAAAGCUGAAGGCCAAGCAGAUUAAGAAGAAGAAAUGAGGGGUGGCCUCGGCCCAGCGUGGUCCCCACGUUGGAGGCAAAACUGCGACCCGCCACCACCAGCACAAAAACAUUCCACAAUUGAAAGACUCGUAGCUGAAAUGGGUUGUCCCAUCCUUUAAAAAAUACGCGCAAUCAUAUGAGACUCUAUACUUUAAUGCUAAAUGAAUACUUUACACAAAAGUAGCCACAUUCCAUUUUAUUUUUGGCAUCUUUUAAGUAACUGUUAGACAUGUUUCCGAAUAGCCUAAAGAAACGAUGCAUUGUUUGUCUGUUCCAAGACGUUCAGUUUCUAGAGAAUCUAAAAAUAAUUCAAAUUGGCCUGUUACGUUUAAAAAUUCUAAAAUUCAAUUUCGAUCGAGACAUGUGGCUCUUUACAUUCCGUUAAAGCCGGGAUAGGAUUCUGGCAAAACGACAUAUAUCAAUAAUAAAUCUUAACGUUAGAAGGUA